AUGGGCACGGCUCAGACAGAACCUCCACCUGUACCAGGGAGUAAUCAGUGCAGACAGAAUGUGAUGAUCCAGCUGCUGGACUGGAUUUUACGAGGCAUGGCCCAGGUCAUGUUUGUCAACAACCCUCUGAGCGGUCUCCUCAUCACGGCCGGCCUCUUCCUGCAGAACCCCUGGUGGGCUCUGAACAGUCUGCUGGGGACCCUCGUCUCCACCGUGUCUGCCAUCUUGCUGGGACAGAACAGUGAGGCCAUAUCAGCCGGUUUGUACGGAUACAAUGGAGCUUUGGUCGGCAUGCUGAUGGCUGUUUUCUCUGCCAGAGGAAACUGCUACUGGUGGCUUCUACUGCCAAACAUGUUCAUGUCCAUGUUGUGCCCAGUGGUCACCAGUGCCUUGUCCUCAGUUGCCAGCAAAUGGGACCUCCCAAUAUUCACUCUGCCCUUUAAUAUUUUGGUGUGUCUACAUAUGGCAGCUACAGGAGCCAACCAUCCCUACUUCCCACAGGUAUAUUCCAGCCCUGCUACACACAAGAAUAAAACUGAAGCUUUCCAUUCGCAGCUAUUCCUGUCGGUGCCAGUUGGCGUCGGCCAGGUGUACGGCUGCGACAGUCCCUGGACAGGAGGUGUCAUCCUGCUGGGCCUGCUGCUCUCCUCACCGACUAUCUGUCUUCAUGCCAUGUUGGGCUCGGCUGCUGGCGUGUUGACGGGCCUUGCUCUGGCUGCUCCUCUCUGGGAGAUUUACUCGGGGCUGUGGGGAUAUAACAGCACUCUGUCCUGUAUCGCUGUUGGAGGCGUCUUCUAUGUUAUAACGUGGCAAACCCAUUUACUGGCUGUGAUAUGUGCACUUUUCUCGGCAUACAUGACCUCGGCGAGCUCAAGACUGAUGUCCGUGCUCGCAUUACCCGCCUGCACGUGGCCUUUCUGCCUGUCCACUCUCAUCUUCUUCCUCGUUUCCUCCGAGAUCCCGGCCAUCUGCAGGCUGCCUCUGUCUGUGGUCUCCUACCCGGAGGAGAAUCUGCGCAACUGGAGACGACUGAAGGCCUCGGAGGGAGUUCGGCGCAGUCGGCAGGGCAACGGCCAAGAAGAAGAGGAGGAGGAGAAGGCCCUGCAGAAGGAGAACAGAGGGACAGAUAACCAGGCGGUAGAGGAGAGAGAAUCUGUGUAA